UGCCCUCUCACUUGAGGUGCGGCUCAAUUGGUUCCAAACGCAACAGAGAUAAGACAGCUCAUCUUCCGCAUAGCAUCACCUCAGUGGCCAAUAUGAAUGGCACGCGUUCAGUAAACCAGCAUCUAAGUAGCUCCAGCACCUCUGAGCUGGCAGUGUCCAGAGGAAUCCAAAUCGCAGUGACUCUGGUCAUCUUCCUGGUGGGAAUACCGUUGAACGGACUGGUGGUUUGGUCACUGGGACGACGAAACAAUCGCCACCUGAUACACAGAGGCCGCACCGGGGAGACGCGCUCUGCCAGCAGCUUCCGGGUCUACGUCCUGAACCUGGCUCUGGCCGACCUGAUCCUGCUCCUUCGAACGCCUCUCAUGUUGGGCUACCUAAUCAACGGCUUCAGCUGGCCGUUCGGCCCCGUCUUCUGCCACCUGAUCAUGUUCCUGCGAGGCCUGGGGCUGUACGCCUCGGCUUUCCUCCUGUGCGCCGUGUCUCUGGAGCGCUGCCUGUGCCUGCUGAGGCCUGUGUGGGCUCAACUGCACCGUCCUUCCUGGGCCGUGCCUCUGGUUUGUGGGCUCUUGUGGCUGGUGGCCACCACGGUGUCUGCCCCCUACCUCCACUUCGCCAAGCUCGAGCAAUGGAACAAGACCCUCCAGUGCAUUGACAGCGGGGAUUUCAGUUUGGGUUUGUUCGUCACGGAGACGAUUGCGGGGUUCUUGUUGCCCCUGCUGGUGUUUCUGGGAAGUAACCUGGCCGUUUUACUCACCGUGAAACAGGUAGUGCCUCCGACACCCACCUCGCCCUCCUCCUCCCUUUCCAUGGCGCGCAAGAUGUCCAGGAUGUACCACGUGCUCUCCUUCACCAUGCUGCUCUUUCUAACCUGCUGGGUGCCGUAUUUUGUUUUCCGGUUCCUGCAGGCUCUGUCACAGAAACCAUCAAAAAUGUACAAUUUAGCCAGUACUGGCAAAUACAUAUCUCUGUUCCUGGUGUACUUCAAAAGUGCUCUUAAUCCUGUACUGUAUGUGUUCGCUGCCAGAGGCUUGGGCCGCGCUGUCAAGGCCUCACUGGUGUCCACCAUAGGACGACUUUUCUCCGAUGAGUCCUUCGAUUCCAUCAGAAGGAAGUCAAGAUCUCAAACUCAGGAACACACCGGUGCUAACUGAGAGAUUCUGCAUUACUCCUUUUCUGUUUGCGCCAAGAAACGUCCUUCUUCCCUGCAGCUCUGCCAAACAUGGACAGAACAAAUGUGCUAAAUGACAGUGAAGCACUUUGUGUGCUAAAAACUUGUGAAUAAAAGUGAGAGACGUAUCCCAUCUUUUUUAUCAUGUUGAAAAUCUAAUGUCUUAGAUGUGAUCCUGACACAUCAAAAUAAACAAUAAAAGUAAA